AAACAGCAGCAUGCGCCUGUUCGGAGCAUGUACCAGCUGUACGAGUACCAGUACCAGUACCAGUACCAGUACCAGUACCAGUACUCCAUACCUGACCCUUAGGUCACUGUCAGCCUCGACAGCUGUCAACAUCGUCAUCUCAGAUCUCUCCCAGACGCGCUCUACAACUCUCAAUCACUCUUAGUAAUUACGCUAGACCAAGUCAAACAGCUACUCGAGUACACAUCAGCUUCGAUCAAUUCCUCUAUCGCAUCCUUCUUCACAAAAUCAACAUGGCCGGCCGAAGGGUAUUAGCUUUAUGUGCAACGUCAUUGGCACUUGUCACAGCGCAUGGGGGAGGCAAUAGCCAUCAAAAGCCAAUUCAGGUCGCUGAAGAUGCGGAUUGGGCGACGCGACACAUGGCCGGUACGUUCUCAAUCUGUUCUCUAUGACCUCUCUACGGGUUGGGCAGUCAUUAACAAUGGAGCAAUAGAGGAACAUCACAUCGGCAACUUCGAUCCAGGCGCAUUCUUUACCCUCCACGACUUUGACAGCAACGGCUUCUGGGAUCAGUCGGAAAUUCUGAAGUUCUAUGGCAUGGAGGACCCUAGCGCAAAGGAUACACCGCAGUCGAAAAAGGACGAGAUCGUGGACACGGUGAUGAGGCUGAUUGAUACGAACCAUAAUAAAAUCAUUGAGAAGGAGGAGUGGAUGAACUUCUGUGAAGGCUGGGUUGGGAAGUCCAAAGGACCACCAGGAAAACUGCCCGACUUUAGAACGGGUCCAGGACAUCACUGGGAUAUGGAGAUGGAGUAUGAGAUUCAUCAUUGGGAGAAGUAGGUUGUGCAAAUGAAGAAACAAGAUACGAUAUUGACGAGGAACAGGUAUCACGACGAGAACACGAAAGAAGAGGAUUUGAUCCAUCCGGAAGACAUUGAGCAUUUCAAGCAGCAUGACGACCUCGAAGACGAGGCCGAGAAGCAAGCAGCAGAGGACAGGCUCGCAAUCGUAGAACACAAUAUACCAGCAAAAUUCCGGAGGGAAUAA